CAGAAAUCAGCAUUGAAAAACUGCGCCAGUUGUCUUCCUCAUCAUUUCCUUGUGUUUUACAGCGUGUGAGAAGACAUCAAAGCACACAAAGAAAGAAGAAAGAAGCAGAUAAAACACCAGAAGAGGCAUCCAGUGCACCCCGGAAUUAUGUAACCAUGCCAUUAGAGGAGCGGAUCCAAGAUAAUAAAUGAUCCGGUCUCCUCCAUUUGUCCUCUCUGUCUCGGUUAAGGUAAAUGGUUCUUCACCACACUUCUUGUCUGCACACCUUAAUAGCAAAGUGAAUACAAUCAUUCUCUUUGCUAAACAUCAAGAUACAAAAGGACACAUUCAUAAAUAUGUUUCAUACACUAAAAAAGAUUUAGGUUUACCUUUCACUUAAUAUUGUACUAAUUUAUCUUUACAAACUGAACAGCCUUAGUUUAUAAAGAGAAACUUUUGACGCAGAGCCAGAAAUACCAGCAAUAUUACAGAAGACACAGCAGUUUAUAGUAUCAAAAGUUGUCCUGAUAUACAGUAGCAUCAGCAGAAGACAAAUGUCUCCAAUUGUUGAUAUGGACCAACCAGAGAUCUAUGUACAAGACAUACAUACAGCAUGAUUAACCAUUGAUUAAAAGCUGCAGUAUAUCAAUCUUAUUGACAUACUGCACUAAAAUAUGUAGUGUUUUAACAUAUUUGUUGAAACACUACGUUGUGGCAGUAGUAGAUGGAUAGUCUGUGAAAAAAAUUGAGCUCCUUUGCCAUCUUAAUUAUCCUGCUGAAAUUUGCAGAAAUACAUCAUCCCAUCAGAAAGAACCAAUUUGAGCCAGGAGGACGGUUUUAGUGCUGUGCUGUCAAUCACUCAUGUACAUGCUGCUCAAACAAUCUACCUAUCUCUCUGCUACACUGUUGCUGGUUCACCAUAACAUAGCCUGCCAUGAAUAAAUAAGGCUAGUUAGUUGUUUCUCUGCCAUUACCACAAUGAGCAGAGUGUACAUUAGGUUGAUUGACAGCACUAAGACCCUCCUCCUGGCUCCUGAUUGGUUGUCUUCCGGAGAGUGGCGCAUUUCUUAAGACACCAAUAAUAUCACUGGAAGGAGAUAGAGGAGCUUGUACAUUAUCUGCCUCAUACGAUUUUGUCACAAUAUGGUGACAAUUUAAAUAAAUAUAGCAUGUUUUUGUAAAAGUUACACAUUGUAGCUUUAAUAGAACUCAGUGGAACAUUUCAUGCCUCUUCUUGGCACUAGUGGUGUUUAUUCAUUAGUGGCUCGACAGGAAGAAGGGCAGAGAAAGGGGAGGACAUGCAGUAAAUGGCUUGGGGUCAGGACGCUAACCUAGGACAGCUGGAUCAAGGACUGUGUAUGGUACGCUUGCAGCACCACAUGGUUCCCUGUCUGAGCUGUAAUUUUAAGAAAAAUCUUUCCAAUUUUACUAUUUGCUGCAAUACACUAAAACUAUUUACCAUGUUGUUUUUUGAAAUCUUAUGAAGAGCUGCACUUGUAUUAGACUGUGGUUUGAAAAUGGAAUAUUGAAAGAUGAAAGCCAAGCUACUGAAAAGAAGUAUGCAUGCAAACAUUUCAAAGCAACACCAUUAGCUGUUUGACUGUAAAAGAGCUGGCAGCUUUCAGACCGGUUUCCAGGAAGAACAUUGAUUGUUAUAGUUAUAGAUUUUUGCUACUAAUUAAACUCUCAAUUCCAUCAACUAUCCAAAGUAACUGAUUUCUAUGGUUUCAAUCCAUGCUUUAGUAAAUGAUGAAUAAUAUUAAUAUAUAUGUAAUUUUUUUGCAGAAAUAAUUAGCUGGAACCACAUCUACUAAUUCAUUUUUCAAAGUCGCUCUCUGUUGAGGCUAUUAUCUCAUCAGAGUCUUCAACCUUUUUUAAUAAUCCGGUAUUUCAAAUGUUUCUUUCAGCAGUUUGUGUCAAUUAUCGACAUUAGAAAAAACAGAAAAUUUUAUAUUAUAGAACAUUUCAAAGCUGCCUUCACAUUAUUGUUUCUAAACAUAAAGUCUCCUUAUGUGGAACUAAACAUGAAUUUAUACAGUUCAUAAUAUCAUAUCUGAAGUGAGUCUGAGUGUGUCUGUUUUUUUUAUUAAGUAUAGUCUUAAAACAAUAAUCUGUUUGCAGCAUAGAUGGUGUCUCAGCAAAACAUGUUUAGAUUGGUAAUCAGUUCAUACUACCCAAUGACAUCCAAAUUCAGUUUUAAAAAUCCAAACAUCUUUGACUGCUACAAAGGUCAGGCAAGUCUGUUUUCUCUCACACCCUUGCAAACUUCCAUCUUUACCUACACCCACACUAACACGUUUCUGUACCAAAUCUUCAUGCUGACUGUCCUCCUAACUACUGCAGCCUGAUGCAAACCUUUCCCAACUGGGAAUCAUCAAAGGAGUCGGGCAAAACAACGUGCAGCAUGUCCCAGGGUAGUGGGUGUUUUCUACAGCUUUUGUUUAGAAUUUAUUUAUGUUUUAUAGCUGCACUGCAUUUGUGCGAUAUAUGUGCAAAGUUGCAAAACUUAUGCCACUUCAGAAAUAAUAAAUAAAUAAAAUAGUGGCAUACCGACUCAGCUGAAGAUUAGUUUGUGUUUGCUACUGUAUCAGAUACAUAGUAAGAAAAGUUCUCCACUUAAAGGCAUUCCAUGAUGUAGAAAUGCUAGUUCAACUAUGCUACUGAACUUUGAUAGUGGCAUAAUGCUCUCUUAGCUUGUGUUUUAAAGCUCAAAUACAAACAGGUGCACCCAAAAACCCCUGUUAACAAAUCCUCUUUAGAUUUACUCUUCUGCACUAUUGCUUUGCCCCAUCUGUCACAGUAACCAUAAAAGGUUUCCUUUUUUUCAUAAAUCACUGGACCACUUUGCCUAAUCUUUGCAGGUCAUUAGACUGCAGUGGAAAUCACAAACAACCAUCACCUGAAGAAGCAUUUUCAUUCAGACUAAAGUGCCAGCUAUUUUGGUUCAGGUCCAGCUUUGAUUUCUUCCAUUCCACUUUAAGACAUUUAGACCUGUGUGACCUCUUGCUGCCGCUGUGAUUGCAAAAUGUUCUGAACUAAUCCCAGGCACUUCAGGUGUUCUUGGGUUUUGCCUCAUUCUGCUUGUGACCUUUAAUUAUCAUCAUUUCUGCCCUUUUUGUUGUUCCUACCCAGUCAUAUCAUUUUUUUAUUUCUUCAACAGAUGACCCUCUCUUCUGCCCAAUUGCCUGUUUUGAAAAUCCUUCUACCCUGCAUUUAUCACCAGAAUUUCUCAAAAUAUCAUUUUCUUUGUUGUUUAUUUCAACACUCAGCCAGUUGACAUUUACCAACUGAGUCAGUGAAAGAUGCAAAGAAAUAUUGAGAUGGCGGAUGUUUGAGCAGAACUAAAGUGCAGACAAAACAUCCGGAACAAUAUGGUGAGAUUAAUAUUAAGUGAUAACAAAACUUGCAGCUGCACAUGAGGUGAGCAAGACAUGAAACCAUGUGAGGAUGCAAUCAAACAAACCUGCUAGAAAAAUUGAAAACCAGGCACAGGUUGAUAUGGAUACUCCUAGUAAAUUCAUGCAACUACUCUUUUCACAUAUUAAAAAAUAUACCAGUUAAAGCAAUGAAAUCAUUUUGAAAAGCAUCUUUAAUGCUUUUAAAAAGGAUGUGUUGUGUUCACAUACAGCACUGUAGGUGCAGAUAAUUUCAUACCAAAAAACUUACAAAAAAUUGUCUUGACUUCUGACAUUAUCAACUAUUCUACAAGCAUUUUUUCCUGUUUCCUCUUUGCUUUAUAUAUUGUACAUUUUUGUGGGCUUUCCCGUCAUCCUGUUUUUCUGCUUUAAUUGACACUUGGUAAGCUGUUUUUUUUUUCCGGUCCUUUCCAAAAAGGCCCCAUGAGUUCCCUAUUAAGUACCACAUAGAUCCCAUCAAGAUUUAGGGGCACCCAGGAGAUGGUGCUUAAUUACUGAAAUGGCAAACAAUGAUGUAAAUUUGCUAUCCUAAAAGGCUAGCGCUUUACACUGAGCCAUGUACCUCAUACUAGAACCCAUUUAAAUCUUAAGAUAUUUAAUUUAUGUACUCCCAAUGCAAAGAUUAGUUUCAUGUUUCUUUUUUUAAGCUAUGUAAUAUUGUCAAAAAGCAUUCAUGUGGUACUUAUUAAAUGUACACCAGGCAGGAAAGUUAUUUAUUUUCAAACACUAUGAUGUUAUUGCACAUUGUCAUAUAUUGCAUGUAAGUUUAAAUUAAAAAACAAAACAAAAAAAUACAUGCUACAUUUGCUUGUUCUUAGUUAAGCCUAUUGUGUAUCUAAAAUGAUGUGUCAGUGUUUGGACAUUGGAAAACACCCCAUCACUUAAAUUAAAAUACUGAACUGGGAAGUACAACAUGGAGUGGUGGCGAUUGAGACAAGAGAUGGGGAAGAAAGAAUGAUGUUUGAGAGAGAAAUGAAAAAAGGAGUGGAAGACAAUGAGAGAACCAAGAGGAUAAAGGGAGGCGGCAGCAAUGAAAUAGUGGAUUAACAAGAACAGAGGUGGGCAAAAAGGUGUAAGAACAAGAAAAGCUUAGAGAAACAUUACAAGAUAGAAAGGGGAAAAUUAAGUUUCCACAAGCCAGUUAGACCUUUUCAUUACAGCCUUUUGUUGAAGUCUAUUGGAUGAAACUUCCCAAUGAGAUCAAUGAAUUCUUGCAGAAUUACUGUAUCAGUAAUCUGUCGAAGAAAGGCUGUUUCCUCUUUAAAAACCCCUCAAUAAAUGUUCAUUGCAUCACUCUUAUCAGGACAUUGUUUAGCGGAGGCGAUCAAAUAUGUUCUAUCACUUCUGACCGUCUUUGUGAAAAGAAAUUAAAAAGUGAUCCCUGAUGUCCAUUACUUACUGUCUGCUCACAUAAUAAACAUGUGACCUUUACUGUAAGCAAUAUAGUAGCGCCCACCUGUGCCCUUUUCCACUGAAAGGUUUCUACGUCAGAGGUGAACUCUUUUUGUUCUGAGUUAAGCUAUUCCAACAACAAUAAAUAAUUCUAAAGGGAUUGUUUACUUGGUAGAGCUUCUAAGGUUAAAUGCAUAAUUAGUAUAUUAAAGGGUAUCUUUUUGGAGCUUGUGUUUUCUCAAUAGCAGUGUAAUUUUACAUUUACACUGGCAAUAAGUGAAUCUGGAUUUGGAUGUGUUGAAUCCAUCCAACCUACCCUUUCUUAAGGAAUUUUUUUGGCACUACUGGCCUUUAUUUGAAAGUGAAAUGACAGGAAAGUAGGUUGUGAGAGAGGAGGAAGACAUGCAACAAAGGUCAAUGGGCCGGUACUCGAAAACGUGACAGCUGCGUUGAGGACUGAGGCCUCUUUACAUGGGUUGCGUGCCUUACUUCUGAGCUACUGCCACACCCAUCCAUCCUUCCCUUCCUUUGCAAUUUUAGGUCAAGGAAGCCAUUGGGCCUAGGAGGGACACCUGGGUAUUCUAUUCCCUGUGAUACUAUCCGGCCUGUCACCAAGUGAAGAUCCCGUGACCAGAGGCAUACCCUUCAGGUGUCACACCCUGUGCCUCUGGUCGCAGGAUGUGACAUCUGGUCACACCUAAAGGGAGGUGACCAGAGGCAUCUUGACUAGAGCCUGAUUGAAGAAGCAGAUUUUUGAUGAUACUUUUCAAUUAUCUUUUUCCUUUUCAUGUUUCACAUUUCAUGGAGAUGGUGGGAAAGCAAACACUGUACUUGAGAGCAAGUCCAACAGAGUCUGAAAUAUGCUCCAGUCCCUGUGGUCCCUAAUCUCUUCUAGUCACCAAGGCCACUGACUGAUGAAAGGGGAUAGAAGGUUUUCCUGCUUAUGGACCAAGUUGACAAAGGAAACAAAAAUGGAGACUGCCUCCUCUGGAGUAAAUUCAACCAGUUCAGCCCAUUUUAUUAGGGAAGAGGACAAUUGGCCAGUACUCAUGAAGAAAAUACCACAGAUUCUUGAAGAAUAUGAAACCACAAGUGUCCUGUCAAUGCAGUCAAGAGAACUUCUUGUGAAAACAUGCAUAGAAGACCUUGUUCUCAGAUGUGGCUUCUGGAUGCUUGUUGAAGCAUGGUGGUGAGGAUGGUUAGAACACGAUUAAUGGGGCCGCCGUCACGAGGCCGGGUCAGAUGGAUGAAUGUAAUGAGAACUGGAGUCCUUCAUCUCCUGCUGCUAUCAGCCUGCCUCGGCCAAGACACAGAAGACUGGCAAUAUGAGGAAUGUAAACUCUCCCGUUCUGGUCCUCCUGCUACCAUCGUGGCCAUUGAUGAAGAAAGCCCCAAUGGAACAUUAUUGGUGGAGAACAUGCAGAUCAAUGGUGUGGCAGAGGGUCCACUUCGUACAAUCUCUUUGUCUCUAAGAGACAACCACGACUACUGGGUGAUUCUUGAUCCUGCCAGGCAGUCUCUUUACCUGAACAGCACUGGACGAGUUCUUGAUAGAGAUCCACCGUCGUUUAUUCACUCCAUCGUGGUUCAGGUUCAGUGCACCAACGAGCUGAUUGGAACAGUGAUUUUACACGAGGUCCGCAUUGUUGUCCGAGACCGCAAUGACAACGCUCCACAUUUCCAGCAGCCUCGAUACUAUGUCGCCAUCAGUGAGCUAACCCCUGUAGGAACAACAAUCUUCUCUGGUUUCUCUGGGAAUAAUGGUGCAACAGACAUUGACGACGGACCCAACGGGCAGAUAGAGUACACCAUCCAGUACAACCCAAAAGAUCCGACUGCCAACAGAACCUUUGACAUCCCCCUGACUUUGUUUGGCUCCGUAGUUCUAAGGGAACGGCUCAACUACGAGGAGAUAACACGAUACUUGGUCAUUAUACAGGCAAAUGACCGGGCACCUUCACCAAGUGACCGUCGAACUGCCACCACCACACUGACCGUGGAUGUGCUGGAUGGAGAUGACUUGGGUCCCAUGUUCCUACCUUGUACACUUGUGGGAAACACUCGUGACUGUAGUCCCAUCACGUAUUUGGCCAGUGUUCUGGAGCUGACAGAGCCUAAUAAGACAAAUCCCCUCAAUGUGACCCCACCUAUCCAAGCUGUGGACCAGGACAGAAACAUUCAACCUCCAUCGGACAGACCUGGGAUCCUGUACUCCGUCCUUAUUGGCAAACCAGCAUCCUAUACAGAAUAUUUCAGCUUAAACAGAACCACAGCAGAACUCAUGCUGCUUAAACCCAUUGACAGGGAGCUCUACCGCAGAUUUGAUCUGGUUAUCAAGGCGGAGCAGGACAAUGGUCACCCCCUGCCAGCGUUCGCCAACCUUCAAAUCGAAGUUCUGGAUGAAAACAACCAAGCACCAUACUUUUUGGAGUCUGGUUACCAUGGAUACAUCAGUGAGGCUUCACCAGUCGGAACCACCGUCGCUACCAACGCAACUCUAUCGACUCCCCUCACUAUAAUAGCUUUGGAUAAUGAUGUGGAGGAGGCCCGGGAUCCACAGCUGCACUUUUCUCUGGACAGUUAUUCUCAUGUUUUUUCUAUAUCAACUACUGGGAUAAGAAGAUAUCUCAUGCUGUUGCAGCCUGUAGACAGAGAAGCACAAGACUCCUAUACAUUCACGCUGUUGGCAUCAGAUGGUGUUCAGCAAAGUGCUCCUGUUAUUGUGACCAUAACAGUGCUGGAUGCCAAUGACAAUACUCCAACUUUUUCCAAUGUCUCCUAUAGCGUAAACCUGUUCACAGAUAUGUUGCCUGGAGAAACUGUCAUACAGAUGUCAGCAGUUGAUUCUGAUGCAGGUGAAAAUGGCCAAAUCAGUUAUCGCAUCUUGGCUGGUGGCCAGGGAAAGUUUCUAAUAAACAGCAGCACUGGGGUAAUUACAGUGGCACCAGGUGCUGAGCUGACUGUUGGCCGAAGCUACGCUCUGACUGUGGAAGCUGCAGACAAUGGGCCUGCGCCUCACAGACGGUCUUCCAUUACAACAGUAUAUAUUGAAGUUUUGCCCCCAAACAACCAGAGCCCUCCUCGCUUUCCUCGCCAACAAUACAACCUUGAGAUCAGUGAAGCUAUGAGGACUGGUGCUACACUUCUUAAUCUGCAGGCGGUGGAUCGAGAGAAGGAUCCAAUAACCUACAAAAUCCACAGUGGAGAUAUUAAUGGAAAUUUUGCACUGCAGCAGAAUUCAGGGUAUUUAAUUCUGGACAAGCCUUUGGACAGGGAGUCUCUGGAUCAUUAUAUCCUGAUUGUCACCGCCUCAGACGGACGCCCAGAUGGAACCUCCACUGCUGUGGUGAACGUGGUGGUGACUGAUGUGAAUGACAACGAUCCGGUGUUCAACUCUUCACUGCCAGUGAAUCUCUCUGUCACCGAGGAGCAGAAUAACGCCUUCGUUGGACAGAUCAUGGCAACAGAUCUGGAUCUGGGAGCAAACGGUCAGGUUCAUUACAGGCUUGUCAACCACCAGACGCUGUUUUCCAUCAAUGCCUCUGGAGCCAUCAGGACUGCAGUCCCACUGGACAGAGAGGUGAAAGGUCACUAUUUCCUGGUUGUUGAAGCCUCGGAUGGUGCAGUGGACCCUCGGCGAUCCAGGCUCACCCUCUCUGUGACUGUUUUGGAUGUGGACGACAACAGCCCGAUAUUCUCCCAACAGUCCUACAACGUCAAUCUACCUGAGAACAGCCCAAAGGACACUGUCAUUUUACAGUUAAAGGCAACAGAUGCUGACCUCAUCUCCAACCUCACAUAUCGAAUCAGAGCUGAAGGCCUGGAUCCUGAGAUAACACGGCUUUUCCGCAUUGACCCCGUGACAGGGGAGCUGUCAGUUCUUAAGGUUCUGGACUUUGAAGCUCUGGCUGCCUCUGAACCCAUGUACACUUUCACCGUAGAGGCUGUCGACGUGGAGGGAACAAUGCCUCCUGGGCUCGCCUCGGUUACUGUCAGAAUACUGGAUAUGAAUGACUUUGCUCCCUCAUUCAGACAACCCGUCUACAGAGGCAUGGUUGCUCCUAAUGCUGUCAAGGGAACCAUUGUAACCACGGUGAUGGCCAACGAUUCUGACCCUGCGGGAACCCCUGCAGGUCUAAUUCGCUACAAGGUGGACCAGGAGGCCUAUCCUUACUCUGCCAGUAUAUUUGAUGUAGAUAAAGAGAAAGGUCAUGUGGUUACCAGAGUAAAUCUUAACGAGGAACCCAACUUAAAGUUCCGACUGGUGGUGGUGGCCUAUGAUCAUGGCGAGCCUGUGAAAGAGAACACGACUCUGGUGGAAAUCACAGUGCUUCAGCCCUCUGUUAUCCCCGUGUUCACUCGAGAAGAAUACAGAUUUCCACCAGUGAGUGAGGAGGCUGCUGUUGGAACCCCAGUGGGAAUCAUCAUGGCAGCAGCUGUCAAUCAAACUAUCGUGUAUUCCAUCGUCGAAGGCAAUGAGGGAGGUGUGUUUUUGUUAAACAAAACAACUGGGGAGAUUUCCACAGCCAAGCCCCUUGACUAUGAAACCAAUUCCAGCUAUGUUCUGAAGGUGGAAGCAGACUCCAUGAAGGUGGUCUCAUCAAAUCUCAGAGCUCCAUCAAAGUCUAACACAGCCCGGGUGCUGAUUGAUGUCCAGGAUGAGAACGACCACCCACCAGUUUUCACCAGAUCUCUUUACAUUGGAGGAGUUGGAGAGGAUGCCAAAACUUUCACCUCGGUCUUGCAAGUACAGGCUGUGGACAAAGACACUGGGAACUACAGCUCCAUGGUCUACAAGCUCAUCAUCCCCCCUCCCACAGGAAAAGAAACUAAAGACAGCAAAGAUGGAUUUGUCAUUGAACCGUACACCGGUGUGGUGAAGACAGCAAUCAUGUAUCGCAACAUGAGGAGGUCAUAUUUCAAAUUUGAGGUGGCUGCAACAGACAACUACGGUCAAGGACACAGCAGCAGAGCAGAGAUAGUGGUGUCUGUUGUGAACCAGCUGGACAUGCAAGUGGUCGUAUUAAAUGUCCCUCCAACGUAUGUUGAAAAAAAUAAAGAUCAACUGCUCAGCAUUUUGGAACGCUACGUUCAGGAGCAGGUGGUCGGCGCAAAGGUUGUCGUGGAAACCAUCGGGCCCCACCGGGAUGGCGAAGCGAUGGAGCUUGAAGAUUACACUAAGUCAGAUCUCAUGAUUUAUGCCAUCGAUCCACUGACAAACAGAGCCAUAUCUAGACAGGAGCUCUUCAAGUUUCUUGAUGGGAAACUAUUGGAUAUCAAUAAAGAGUUCCAGCCUUUUCUCCCUCCUGGUGGCCGGAUUCUGGAAAUCAGAACCCCCGAAGUGGUGGCCAGCGUAAAGAAAGCUGUGCACAGCGUUGGCUACACAGAGGGGGCACUCUUGGCUCUCGCCGUUAUCAUCAUCAUCUGCUGUGUUCCCGCUAUUUUAAUUGUCAUUAUCACAUACAGGCAAUUCAAAGAGAGACAAGCAGAGUGUGCCAAAACAGCCCGCAUCCAGAUGGCACUGCCAACAGGCAAACCCGGGGGAGGCACUGCCAACAACCUGUACGAGGAGCUCGGUGACAACGCCAUGCGUGGAUAUGGGCAACAUGAGACACAGCAGCUACUACGACCUUCUCUGCUCAGGCCAGAGGUAGAGUUAUCCAUGGAGUCUGGCAUCGACCCCGGCCAGGACUACUACACACAAGAUUAUUACAACUAUGACCAUGGGUACGAGCUUCCUCAGUACGGCAGUCGCAGGAAGCUGAUCUCACCCUCCGGUCUUUACGAUGAGUAUGGAGAGGUUGUGGUUGAUGACGAUGGCAGCUACUACUACAGCCCACAGGAGUCAGACGGAGAGCCUGGCGGUAGAAAGCGGCGGAUCAAGUUGAUGGUUGACCGAGAGUACGAGACCAGCUCCACCGGUGAGGAGAGCAUGCCAGAGACCCAACGCAGCCGUUUAUCCACCACGCACAACAGCCACGUUAACGUCAACGGCGGGAUCUAUGUGGCUCAGAACGGCUCCAUCGUGCGCACCCGACGAUCAGUCAACGCUUCAGGUCCUUCCCAGAGCGCCAGCUCCACAAAGAACAAUCUAAAACCAAGCUCUCCCAUCUUCAGCUCACGGCUGGCCAAGCACUUUAAAAAACUGGACAAAAUGGCUGCCACGUUGGAGGAGAGAGUGCCCCUGAACACCACCAAGACGCAAGCAGGAGAGGGGCGCAACACACUGAGCACUUUUCAGAGCUGCAGACGGGCCGCCUCAGCAACGGCCACCUCCUCUUCCUCCAACACUAACAAAAUGCUGAAUGUGUUAAACACUCGACAAUCCAGCGUGUCCUUGGGGUCAACCAGCACCAGCAACACAGGCCCUGAAAGCGUAAUGUCCAAACCCGACGUGCUCCCGGCAGCACUGGCUGUCACAGAGCAGCCCGAGAGCGCGUCAGAGCAAGACGGGCCAGCAGAGGGUGAGCUCGAGUCAAAGGUGGACGGAAACGGCGGCGUUGAGGCCGUUUCCAGGGAACCUCUGGAGUGCCCGAGUGACAGAACACAAUCGGAUGAGGAAGAGUUGUGGAUGGGCCCCUGGAACAACCUUCACAUACCCAUGACCAAACUCUGACUGAGUCCAGCGCCACUGUGCUCGUUCUUUAUUGCCAAGUUCAUUUAAUGUUUUCAGUAUAUUUUCUUUUCGUUCUCUGUGAAACUAAUGGAGAUGCUCCAGUACAGCAAAGAUAUAUAUCAAUUGAUUUAUACUAGCUAAAAGUGACUUGGCAUUCAAAUCACUGGUAUCACAUAAAACAAAUAAUUUUUCUUUUAAUUUAUGUUCAGUGAGAUGGGGUUUAAUUUGCCAUCUGCAAUUUCAGCAGCAAAUUCUCUGUUUUGUAAUUUCUGUGUUUCAAUCUGUGCAUCUCCUCAGCCUUGCUGACCUGAGAGCUGCAGCACCUUCAGAAAACUGGACCUACAGUGGUAACACGUAUUACUUUAAGAGUGAGGGGAUGAAAACUUGACUCUUUUUAAUGGCCCUUUAAGCGACUGGUGUCUGUAUGGAACUGUGCUUGUUUCAUUCAGGUUUAUGGCCAAUGGUGCAACUCGACGUAAAUUUGCCUGAUGCAUUUCAUUGACACAUGCAGUCUUGUAUUGUUCACACUUGCCUUUUUAUUCUUGUCAAGCUGCUUGGCAGACUCGAUCCAAAUAAAGUUUCAAUCUGUUGAA